AGGAGGUAAGAGAGGAUGGAAAGAAUUAGAAGACAGUGUAGCUUCUGCAGUACCGUGGUGAUUUGUUACAAAGUAAAUUACCAAAAAAAAAAAAAAAAAAAAGCGGCUAAAAGAGAUGGAAAAAUGGCUGCAAAGAGCUUUACUUAAAAUUGUCUUAAGUUUGGCCACACGGUCAAAAACAUUGUUUAGAAGCCCUGGAGAAGGUAUUCUGCUGGCUUUUUCCCCCUGCCUCAACAGGCCCUCCAGUUUGAAUAAAUCUGGAAAACUCCCUGGACUUCUAUUUCCUUGGCAAAAUGACACAUUUCUUCUACGGUCGUUUCCAAGGGUGACAAUCUGUACUCCACGCAGGUCGUGAGGACCAGACCAUUUGCCCAAGGCAUUGACUGCCGGACGCCCUAACAGCUCGGGGGUCCCAAGGGUACCCUACCGAGUCAGCGCCCCAAAAUAAUCUGGAAAACGGCACUGCGCUCCCGCUCGAAGCACCUCCGGGCUGGGCGCAAGGACUGGCUGGGCGCGCGGUGGGCGCUCACCUCCGCCCCCCGCACUCCGGCCACGCCCACCCCGCCCCGGGUCCGCAGCCGGGGAAGGCCUGGCACUGAGGGCUGGCCGCGCACGGCGGGCGGGUCCCCGAAUCUGGAGCCGGUGAAAGAGCUGGGCGUUCCCUGCCCGCCUCCAGGCAGUGGCCCGAUGAGCGCCUGGGACUGCGGGUAAUGGGCGGGAGGGCCGGGCCGCGGAAGGCGUUCUCACACCGGCCAGUCUCCGUCCACCAGGAAGCCGACUUUUCGUACCUCCCCGGGGACCGAAAACCGCCGGUGCUCCCGCACCCGUCGCCGCCGCCGCUUGCUCAUGGAGAACCCGUGCCGCCACCGCCGCCUCAUCUACUAGAACCUCCGGCAGUCUCGGCCUCCCCCGGUGUGACCGCUGGGCCCCGGCACAGCCUCCAUCGCACUCGCCGCGGCGGCAGCCACAGCAGCUCCAGCGCCCAGGCCCGAUCCGACCGGACCCACGGAGCCAGGACCGCGGGACGCGUAGCUUCUUAUUACGGAGGAAGAUUCGGCCUGACCUCCGCCCCCCUCCCCCCAGCCCCCAGUCCCCAGUCCCCAGUGCCCAGUCCCAGUGCCCAGCAGCCUGACGAUGCUGCUGCGCAGGCGCGAAGACGCCCCUGCCAAAAUUGACUGAAUCUGCAAAUGUGGAACCCAUGCAUAUGGAGGACCGACUACAUCAUAAUUAUGCAGCUUAAUGAAUUUUCACAAAGGGAAGCAAGCUGUCAUGUAGUGAGCAGACCUAUGAAGAGGUUCAUGUGAUGUUUCAAGGAACCAACCCCCUUAAGGGCUCACCCCAGGAGGAACUGAAGUCUGCCAACAACCAUGGAAUCGCAUGGGGAAAUACGGUCAAGAAGGUUUUUUUCACUUAACUUAUGUGGAACC